AUGCCUCACGCCCCACGUCAGGGAAACCGCAGGAGGUCCCCAGGUCCGAAAGCGAAAUCGCAAAAACCAAAGCAAGCGCCACCAGCAAACAAACAGCACGCCAAUCGCAAAGCCGAAGUCGAAAAAGCCAAAGCCGACGCCGAACAAGCUGAGGAGGACGAGUCUUCCGGACUUAACCUUGUCAGCACAAUUCCUCUCACCCUCCAGCAACUGCUUUUGGACGUAUUCAAGACAGCCCUCCUCGGCAACCCAGUCGCAGAAUUGGAAUCUGCAACUCAGGAUACCAACCCCACUGAACCACAAAACGAAAAUAAAGAUGAACCACUAGAUAUUAAAUCUCUCAUCCAGACAAUUAAGGGGCUUUUGUACCAGCGCGAUUUUGACUCUGCCUUCACCGAGGCAGGUGAGGAUCUUUUGCGCGCCUAUGCCUUGCGUUGGAGUGCGUCCCGGUCACUUGGAUAUGCCGGCCUCUUGAAGGGAGUUUUGGCCUGGAUGAAAGAGGAAGAGGAAAACACACGAGGCCGUGCUAGAAGCAAGAAUCCCUGCACCCGUGUUGUGUCAAUUGGUGGCGGAGCCGGUGCAGAGAUCGCUGCUCUUGCAGCUGCGUGGAGAGACAUGGGCUCCCAAGCCCAGUCGCUAGAGGAACGUGUUGCCGGCGUGUCUCUUGAAGACAAGGAAUCUCAAGACGAGAAGCCUGAAGUUGAAGAUCAAGGUGUCAGCGCACCCAGUCUCUCUGUCAUGGCUGUUGAUAUCGGAAACUGGUCGGACGUUGUCGACAGGCUUUCGCGAACCAUCACCUCGGCCGAUGUGCCAUUCUCGCAGACAACAAAAUAUCGUCCCCCGUUGCUGUCGAAGAAAGUGGCUAGUGAAACAUUCUCGGUAGCUUUCCGUCGCGCAGAUGUCCUGACUCUUCCCGAGGAGGACCUGAAAGAAAUUCUGCUUGGUCCUUCCUCGUCCUCUCCUUUCAGUUCCGUGCUUGUUCCUAUCAUGUUCACCUUGAAUGAGCUCUUCUCUACCUCCAUGCCAAAGACAACCGGUUUCAUGCUCAAAAUGACGGAAAUCCUUCCUGCCGGUGCGGUGCUUUUGGUUGUUGAUAGUCCUGGCAGCUAUUCGACUUUGAAGUUAGGAACAAAAGGACCUGAUGGUGAACCACAAGAGAGGAACUAUCCGAUGAAGUUCUUGCUUGACCAUACACUGCUGAAUGUGGCGAAGGGUAAGUGGGAGUGCGUAUACACUCAGGACUCGAGGUGGUGGAGACGGGACGCAGUGCGUCUGCGUUAUGAAGUUGGGGAAGGCGCAGGCUUGGAAGAUAUGCGCUUCCAGAUGCAUGUGUAUCGGCGUUUGUAG